CGGCUCAACUCGGACGGAACUGCACGGGACCGACCGUUACCGCUCCAUCGCGGCGUGCUGACGUGGGAAACAAACGCACGUCCAGGGCUCCAGACCAGCUCGCCCACCUCUAUGCAGGUGCUGUGGACGAGAUGUGAGAGGAGGUCAUGCCUUUGCUCAAGAGAAACAUUCAGCCUCGGCACCUGUGCCAAGGUGCGGUGCCUGAUGGGAUCGGCAGCGAGCUGGAAUGUGUCACCAACAACACGCUGUCCGCUAUCAUUCGCCAGCUCAGUAGUCUGAGCAACCAUGCAGAAAAUGUUUUCGGGGAGCUUUUUAACGAGGCCAACACCUUUUACGUGCGCGCCAACUCGCUGCAGGACCGCAUAGACCGCUUGGCCGUCAAGGUCACCCAGCUUGACUCCAGCGUGGAGGAGGUGUCUCUGCAGGAGAUCAACCUGAGGAAGGCCUUCCGGAGCUCGCCCGUCCAGGACCAGCAGGUUUUGUCCAAAGGCAGCACUCCGAGCUCGGUGGCUCAGAUGCACGACAGCAGCGACCGGCCUCCUCCACUCGGCGACCUCACCGCCUUCAGGGAGGAUUCCACCGACGCCAUGAAGUUCUACUCAGACCCGUCGUACUUUUUCGACCUGUGGAAGGAGAAGAUGCUUCAGGACACGGAGGACAAGAGGAGAGAAAGGAGGAGGCAAAGGGAACAAAAGAGAUGCGUGGAAAGCAGCACCCUUCAGCGCGAAGUCAAGAAGGUGAGAAAGGCCCGAAACCGCAGGCAGGAGUGGAACAUGAUGGCGCUCGACAAAGAGCUUCGUCCGGACCGCCGCCAUCCGCAGAGUCUUCGCGGAGGAGCAUCAUCUGAGGGCUCGCUCUCACCGGACGGCAGGCCUGACCUCCUGGGAUACCCCGUCCCCCCAGUGCCCGCCCAGGCUGCUCGUAAUCACGCCAAGUCCUGCGGUUACGCACAUCCCUCCCCACCGGUGGAGCACGAAUACCAAAGCAUCGAUCUCGACUAUAGGAGAGUGACCUGUGCCACAGCAGCAGAGCCCCCGCCUGCAGGCCGAGCGAGCGCUCCAACGCGCCCACCUGCGGAUUACCACUCUCCCCCGUCUUCCGCCCCGGGCCCACCCAUCCCCUCAGCGCAGACGGCCUUUGGUUUCCCACCGGGGGCGGCAUCCCAUAACGGAGUCCUGCACGUAGGCCCGGGCUGCCCGCUCCCACCUGUGCCUCCUCCCGGGUCGCACAUGUUCCCUCCACCUCCGCCCCUCCCUCCCCCCGCCGCGUCCUCACACCCUGCAGGACACGGCGGAGGCCGAACAGGCGAGGCUAAAGCCGCGCGGGACGGGAGGAGCGACCUGCUGUACGCCAUCCGCAUGGGCAUCCAGCUGAAGAAGGUGCAGGAGCAGCAGGAGCAGCAGAACAAGCCGGUGGGGAACGACGUGGCCACCAUCCUGUCCCGGCGCAUCGCGGUGGAGUUCACCGACUCCGAUGAGGACUCCGAGCUGGAGGAGAACGAGUGGUCGGACUGAUGGCCACUAAAACUCUUCAGCGGGAUCUCCAGUGCACACAAGAGAAAAACUGUAAAUCCCUCUGGUGGGCUCCACCUAGUGGAAUCCACAUAGCAAGUGUGUCACAUCUUAUGUUUUUCUCAUUUGGCCAAUCUGAACUGUGCAUUCUAGUAAAAAGUCGUCGCCUAGUAAACUGACACCUUGAACACUCCGUACACAGUGAUGAAAUAUGCAGUAGACCCCAAACCAGUUCUAGGCCUUUUUCACUUAAAAAUUCUGACGUUACAGUAGGCGAAGCCAACGUAUAAAUAAUAAAAUGAUUGGCUGAAAUUCCAUUACGGUGCUUCGGUUUCAAGAUCCUGCCAUUGGCUCUUUGUCACACUGUCACACUUUCCUGAACAGAAACACAGCCAUCAAUGAAUUUAUAAGUAGCACCUGUACUUUUUCUACUUUGACAAUUCAAAAUGUCUAUUAUGGAAAAUACCUACUAUGAAGUAUAUGAAGUACAACUUUCAUGGUCUUUAGUAUGUAGUUUCAUCACUUUAUGAAACCACACAUCUGUGAUCAUAUUUAGGACCAAAUGUUCCCUUCCCUAAACUAAGUGAAUGUUUGACAGGUAAUUCCACACAACGAUUUUUAAUUGCUACCUCAAUCUGUGACCAUUCCACUACCCACUUUAUGUGUAGUAGGGUCUCAUGACCGGUCUGAAUAGUUUUGUUCUGCCAUUAAAUCAUUAUUUAUUGUGAUGUUUCUUUGGAUAUGUUAACAUAUCAUUAAAAAGCUUAACUAUUAGCCAGAAAAUCAUGUUGCGAUUAUCUCUUCAUUUACCAUUUUCUUCUUCUCCCUCAUCUUCCUCUAAUUUAACUUAAACUGUCGUUCCAGGCACAAUGAUUCUGUAGGGGCUGUAUUUACAGUUUAACCUGGAUAGUAUACGGAAUCAUAGUGUUUGAAUUAUUAUGCGGGAGCUUUGGUAUUUUUGUAAUAUGAGUAUGUGUCUAAAAUAAAGUUGAAUUGAGAUGAA